GGAACCAAAUCCCUACCCAACCUGAGUACUACAACCACAAUCACACACAAGCUGAUCUCUAGUUGAAAGUUGAAACAUGCUUUACGUCUUUCUCCUUGCUCUCCUCUUCUCCUCCUCUUCCCCUUCUCAUGGUGCUGUCCAGGACUUCUGUGUAGCUGACUUCACGGCCCCAGAAGGCCCUGCAGGCUACUCCUGCAAGAUGCCUGCCAAAGUCACCGUUGAUGACUUCGUAUACAGUCUUGGAAUGCCGGGUAACACCUCCAACAUCAUCAAGGCCGCCGUGACCCCUGCUUUUGCAACUCAAUUCCCCGGCGUAAACGGGCUUGGGAUUUCCAUGGCACGUUUAGACCUUGCAGUAGAUGGUGUCAUCCCAUUCCACACUCACCCCGGUGCAUCGGAGGUGCUAGUGGUGGUGCAGGGGACUAUCUGUGCUGGAUUCGUCUCUUCAUCUGCUAAUACAGUUUACUUGAAGACACUAAAGAAGGGGGAUAUCAUGGUCUUCCCACAAGGGUUGCUGCAUUUCCAGGUGAAUGGGGGUGGGAAUACUGCCAUAGCUUUUGUUAGCUUCAGUAGUCCAAUCCCUGGUCUCCAGAUCACUGAUUUUGCAUUAUUUGCUAAUGACUUGCCUUCUGAGCUUGUGGAGAAGACUACAUUCCUCGAUGAUGCUCAGGUGAAGAAGCUCAAGGGUGUCCUUGGCGGUACCGGCUAAGUUCAAUUCUCUCCUGGAGAAUGGAGAUCCUUCCUUUUUUAUUCCCCUCCACCUCUUUUUUUUCCUUCUUUGUCUUUCUUUUCCUCUAGUUUCCUUCUUCUGCCAUAUCUAAGCAUUCUCUUCUGAUCAAUUGUGAACGUGGAUUCAGUUAUCCCAUUUCUUCUCUAGUUUAGAAGAUUAAUUAAGUGUAAUCUUAUUAAGUAUCCUUCUUCUGGUAGAGCAGAGGGUUCUUGUCAUUGAGGUUAAAGAUCCAAUUAUGAUUCUUGUAAUGAAUUAUCAAUGUGAGAGUUCUUCAUUUGCUUC